AUGUUCCAUUCUGAAUUUGCUCUAUUGCUGCUGCCCGCAAUCUUCUUCCAUAAUAUGGUGUUGGCCAGACCGGACUACACCAUUAACUCCGAGCACGACCCUAAGCACCCGAAGUAUGUACGGAUUUUCAAAAUAAAAGCACCGCCAAGUAAUGUGGAUCGAUUGAGGAUUGCUGCAAACAGAAUUGUUAUUGGUCCCAAACUUGGGCAUGAUGAGCAGAUUUUACAUCAUAUGCGCCUAAGAUGGACACCUCCAAAAAUUUGGGGUGAUAGUGAAGGUGAAAUUGGCGAACGAAUGUAUAGAUUAAAAUGCACAAUUAGUGAUGAGGGCCAUAAUGAGGACCGCACAUUGGUCAACCUCGAUAUUCCGGAACACUACACCGGCUAUGAUGAGAGCUUUAGAAUGCCACCAAUUAUUGUAAAUGUCCGUUGUGCGGUUUGUGCCGUUAACUCAUUUAACCUCACUUCUGAAUGGACGAAUGGCCCACGGCUCGAAAUUGAUAAUAGAAAACUGGCUAUCCCCUUGUCUCUGGCCGCCCCUGAAAAACGGAACUAUGAAGAACCAGAAAAUUUUGUGGAAACCAAUGGUCGCAUACACAAAGUGCUUGACAUGGACAAAUUAAAUCGGGAAGGGUUAAGCCGAUUAUUGAAAAUGUCGAAUUUUGAAGAUCUGACUCCAAAGGUCGAUAUCGAAGAAUAUAAAAAAGCGGGAAGGCGAAUUCCUGAAUUCGUAUCUACUGUGAAGCCAAUAGAUUAUGAAGAAGAGUUCCCGGUAUUUAUAAUGGAUAAUGGACCUGAUCCUAAUAUGGAGCAAAAGGUGAUGAACUUUGUGAAUCUGGAAAAGCUGGGUACGGGUACGCGUCAGGAGAUUAGCGAUAACGCGGAGGAUUUCGAAAUGGAUUCGUUGAUUAGAAUAUUG